UUUCGUUAGGCGCCUACUGAAGACCAAGCUUGGUGUCAAAUGCUAAUUUUUCUGACCCGCCGUUCUGAAGUAGUACCCACAAACAGGACGCAUAUAUGUAUUUUUUUCUCGUAUCACCCUUGUAUUUUCUUUAUGCAUUCGUUUCCCUGUUUGACCAGCUUCCUGAACAAGACAGCAAGCACCUCUUGCCUGGGUCACUUCGGUACUCCCAACACUAGGUGCCAUACUUGGCACGGACCAGAGCAUUUAAAAAAAAAACAUCGUGGAAAACUGGAAUUAGGAGAUGUGUAUUUGGAGAGUGUGUUUGGAAAUCCAUGCAUAGUCGCUCAUCAUGCACAUUUUCCAUAGACUUUUUCAAGAUUCCCUUAAAUGCAUGAAUUUCAAAAUACCGUGCCCAGAAGAAACUAUCUUUGGAUUCUGUUUUCCACAAAUGAAGCACCCUCGUAGUUAGUGCUCAGUAAACAUUUCUGAGUAAAUUAAUACUUGAAGCUGGGGAGGAUUUGCAGAAGUGGCACUUAAGGUGCUCCCAAGAGUUCACGUUUCUCUUGGGUCCAUGUGAGUGUUUAACCUCUGUGGAGGGGGGGAGGUGGAAAGAACAUUCCAUUUGGAACCACGGAGUCUGAGCACCCGCCGUUUGCUUUCUUGUGUGCGACCUUGGACGUGUUAGUCUAGCUCUGAGUUUGUUCCCCGGGAAGUGGCACCCGCCUUAGGAGUUCUGUGAUGAGCAAAGAACACGAUGGAGGAAAGCCUUUGCUUCGGUCCCGCGCUGUGUAUUGGCAUGAGCUGCUUGGGAGUGUCGCACCCACGUAGUCUGAGGGCCGGUUCUGCAAGUGUGGCCCUGGAGGCAGUGCGGUGGAUGAGAUGAGAAGUUGACUGAGAAGUCUCUCUGUCUUCAGGGAGUUGCCAACUCCUCUCCAGAAUCCUAUUCUAAGAACUCGGGCACUCAACUUUCUACCAUGGUGUUGGGUCCUGAACAGAACAUGCCAGAUGACAAUGCAUCUGGAGACCAUGGGGACGCUGCCAGUCUUGGUGUCAUCAACUCUGCCUAUAGUCACUCCUCUCUUCCGCAGUCCACUGGGCAUGCAGGGGAGCCCUUCGCCACUUACUUUGAUGAGAAGAUCCCAAUUCCUGAAGAGCAGCACUCUUGUUUUAGCUUUCGUAAACUCUGGGCUUUCACCGGACCAGGAUUUCUCAUGAGCAUUGCCUACCUGGAUCCAGGAAACAUCGAAUCUGAUUUGCAGUCUGGAGCAGUGGCUGGGUUUAAGUUGCUCUGGGUCCUUCUGUUGGCCACCAUUGUGGGGCUGCUGCUCCAGCGCCUUGCUGCUAGACUGGGAGUGGUCACUGGGCUGCAUCUUGCUGAAGUGUGUCAUCGUCACUAUCCCAAGGUCCCACGGAUCAUCCUGUGGCUGAUGGUGGAGUUGGCUAUCAUUGGCUCAGAUAUGCAAGAAGUCAUUGGCUCAGCCAUUGCCAUCAAUCUCCUGUCUAUAGGAAGGGUUCCUUUAUGGGGUGGAGUUCUGAUCACCAUUGCAGAUACCUUUGUGUUUCUCUUUCUGGACAAAUAUGGUCUGCGGAAACUGGAAGCCUUUUUUGGCUUUCUCAUCACUCUUAUGGCUCUCACAUUUGGAUACGAGUAUGUUACAGUGAGACCCAGCCAGAGCCAAGUACUCAGGGGCAUGUUCGUGCCAUCCUGUUCAGGCUGUCGCACCCCACAGAUUGAGCAGGCUGUGGGCAUCGUGGGAGCUGUCAUCAUGCCACACAACAUGUACUUGCAUUCUGCAUUAGUCAAGUCUAGACAGGUGAACCGAGCCAAUAAGCAGGAAGUUCGAGAAGCCAAUAAGUACUUUUUCGUUGAAUCCUGCAUUGCUCUCUUUGUUUCCUUCAUCAUCAACGUUUUUGUCGUCUCGGUCUUUGCUGAAGCGUUUUUUGAGAAAACCAACCAGCAGGUGGUUGAUGUGUGUAGAAAUAGCAGCAGUCCCUACACUGGCCUCUUUCCUGAAGAUAAUUCAACACUGGCAGUGGACAUCUACAAAGGGGGCGUUGUGCUGGGCUGUUACUUCGGGCCUGCCACACUGUACAUCUGGGCCGUGGGGAUCCUGGCUGCAGGACAGAGCUCCACCAUGACUGGAACCUAUUCUGGCCAGUUUGUCAUGGAGGGAUUCCUGAAUCUCAAAUGGUCACGCUUUGCCCGAGUGAUUCUGACACGCUCAAUUGCUAUCAUCCCCACUCUGCUUGUAUCUGUCUUCCAAGAUGUAGAACAUUUAACAGGGAUGAAUGACUUCCUGAAUGUUCUGCAGAGCCUACAGCUCCCCUUUGCUCUCAUACCUAUCCUCACGUUCACAAGUUUGCGACCCGUGAUGAAUGAUUUUGCCAAUGGAAUAGGCUGGAGGAUUGCAGGAGGAAUCUUGGUCCUCAUCGUUUGUUCCAUCAACAUGUACUUUGUAGUGGUUUAUGUCCGGGAACUAGGGCAUGUGGCGUUGUAUGUGGUGGCUGCCGUGGUCAGUGUGGCAUAUCUGGGCUUUGUGUUCUACUUGGGUUGGCAGUGUUUGAUUGCACUGGGCAUGUCCUUCCUGGACUGUGGGCACACGUACCACCUGGGGUUGACUGGCCAGCCUGAACUCUACCUCUUGAACACCGUGGAUGCUGACUCGCUUGUAUCCAGAUGACAACAGCUUAACAGAGCAUAUAAGACCGCUUUCUCUAAGUCCGUUCUGUGCCAAGGGCCCUGUUAAAAUAUCUCUGUUAGUUCAGAGGUGAGUUUUGUUCAGAAGUUUUGAACAAAAGGCAAAGCUUUCCUCACAGGAAGGGUGUUGAAAACAGACAGUGUAAGUGUAGGUCAGAGACCACGCACCUCAUAACAGUCACACAGACCAGUUAAGAAAUUGGCCAUUGUAAUGGCCACACACCCCUAUGGGUUUGUGUCUUGACUUCUGGGUUUUGAAAAAUAUAUAUGUCUAUUUAUUUAUCUAAGCCUGAACAUACCAGUUUGGGUAGUUUUUAAGUUUAUAUAAGACAAAAAUCUUUUUUAUUUUUUUAAAGAGUAUUUUCAGGUAAAUCAAAUAUUUGGAUCACAAGUGAAAAAGUGAAGUAGUCAUAUUGUCUUAGCAUGAACUUUACUGUGCCAGAUAAAUUUCAUUUCAAUUUUAAUCAGCCAGAUUACAGUCUUGGUAUCCACUGAUAUUAGCACAUUUAUUCCCAAAGAAAAUGUUUCUUCUAUUUGGAAAUCAUACUUAACCCUGGUUAUCACCCUGCUUUAAUUAUUAUUGUAUUUGUUGUUGCUUAUCUUGAAAUGUCUUCUAGUUAUUAAACAGGGAUGUAAUGACAGGAUUUGCCAAAGCUCUUAGUACAUAGUUACAGAGUGCGGGCACUGCACUUUCACCGGUGAUGAAUUGUGCACACGGCAUUGUAACUCAGCCCACUCUGGCAUUCAAGUUUCAGAAGGAAAAAGAAGAAACUUGUGGCUUGUAACUUUGUAUGUCCUCACAAAAGAUAAUGGAAGUACUAAUCUUAUUUCUACUGUUUGUUAAUCCCAUGAUGUCUUGUCUUUCCAGUUUUCUCAGUAAUACUCCAAACAUUCCCAAGGACAAAAGUCUUAUUUCUGGGAAUGACUAAUAUUUAUAUUGUUGAGUCUCCUAGGAAAUGCUAAGCAUUUCCCUUCAGGUAUUAGUACAAGUAAUUUGAGGGUAAUAUAGACUGGGACUUACUAGUUUAGUCCACAUAUCACAAACUGCCUACAUUAGGUUAUAGAUUUCUUUUGACCUCUCUUCUUAACCAGUUGUUUUUUCCUCUUAAAAUUUGUAUAAUAAAGUCCAUAUGUAAAAAUUAAAAGCUUUAUCAUAAUUGUCUGAGAUUCAGAAGAUUUGCAACUUACCUCACAUUCCUGCACAAAGUGCAGUUGACUGGAACUGAGUGGCAGCUGUCCAUUUUCUGUGACAUACCCUUCUGGGUGGGGCAUGCCAUCACAUCUCCCCUUUCUUCCUUUUGGCCCCAGAAGUGUUGAGUCUGCAAACCGUGCAUCCUUUCUGUGACUUUGAGCAUUAUUUUUUGUCUUCUAGCAUUAAAUUGAAAUAUCUUACCUCUGUGCCUUGAA